UGUGUCACCUCAGUUUUGUUUUGAAACCCGCAUGAUGACCGAAAGUGCUUUACUUUGAUUGAAUAACGAAAAUUUGAGUCGGAAGGGAAAAUAAUACUAAUUUAUUGCAGCUAUGUUGUCGGUUAUAAGAACCGGUUUAGCAGCACGACUACGAGGCAACCUUCCGUCAUCAUCCCGAUGGAAAUCAACGUUGACCUCGCAAAAACAGACCGAAGAUUAUGGGAGUUCUGAUGGAGACAUCAAAAUUAAUACAAAACCGGAACACCAGCGACUGGAUAAACGGGAACCACUGAUGAAAAAUAUGUUCGUUGGGGUAGUUGAUACGGAUCUACUAGUGUAUCCGGAAUCUUUGAAUCGUGACGAACAAUCCCGCCUUGUUUCGGAACGGAAGCAUUUAGAACAGCUACUGAAAAAUGAUGAAGCGGCGAAUUUAGAAACAUUGACCAAACGUGCCGGUAUUUUUGGUCUACAAUCCCCUCUUAACUAUGGUGGAAAACAGUUGAUUGAAACGGAGCUCGCUUACUUCAAUGAAAUUAUUUCCAAAGAUUUCCCCACGGCGUUGAUUGUUGGACAGCAUAAUGCAAUCAUACAGCUGUUGAAUAAGUUCACCAGUGACCGGUUGAAAGAUAAAUGUUUGGAGGAGCUAAGCAGUGGACAGAAAAUAGUCAGUAGUGCUAUGUUAGAACUGAAGGCCCCGAAUGGAACAAUGUUUAGCACAUUGGCUAAUUUAGGUACGACUAACAAAAGUUGGUUACUUAACGGUAGCAAAUCGUUUGUGCUGAACGGCGACAAAUCGGGUUACUUGUUGGUGUUUGCGUCGACUAAAACUAUUGAACAUAUGAACGAAAAUGAUACGACAGUAACCGCUUUCCUGGUGGAUGCACAUGCAAAUGGCGUUAAACGUACGAGCCUGGACGAGACGUUGGGAUUGAAUGGUGUUAAACAAGCAACGUUUACUUUCGAAAAUGUCGAACUGACCGACGAUGACAUCGUGGGAACCGAAGGAAAAGGUGCCCAAAUACUGGUAGAAUUGCUGAAGUCUACUCGUAUUCAGACCAGUGUUCUUGGUGUACAGAUGAUGAAGAAAGUCCUGAAUAAAGUAACCAAAUAUUGCAUCGAGACGAAAUGUGGUGACGGGCAUCUCAUGGAAAUUGAGAAUAUUCGGGAGGAGUUGUCACGAUCACUGUGCUCCAUAUACGCGGCAGAAAGUAUGAUCUACCUAACUUUAGGUCUGCUAGAUGACUUUAAUGGUCAGGAUACCGACAUGGAGGUGGCCAUAACGAAAAUUUUCACUACGGAAAAAUUGCUUCAGCUGACUUUGAUGCCACUUCGAUUUAUCGGUCCCCAGGCUCUUGUCAAGGGUAACGAAUUCGAGUCCGUGCUACGAGAUUCAAUUCAAUUUGCCAACCAUGCGGAAACGCUCGAUUCGAUCAAACUCUUCGUUGCCCUUACAGGGGCGCAACAUGCUGGAAUGGCUUCUUAUAAAACAAUCAAAAAGGAUCGCAACCCAGCGAUGAAUCCGUCACAUGUUUGGUCGAAACUCUUCGAGAAAAACACUAUCGACACACCGAAGAAAUUCAUCAAUCUAGAACAUUAUUUUCACCCAUCGCUGGAACCUACCGCAAAUCGAAUCGAAUUGUCCAUUGCGCGCCUCAAAUUGGCAACUGAAUGUUGCUUGUCACGACAUGGCAUUGAAUUGAUCAAGCGCCACAUAGAGCUAGUUCGGUUGGCCGACAUUGCAGCCCUCAUCUAUGCGAUGGUAGCGACCGCCAGCCGUGCAUCCCGUUCGUACUGUAUAGGACUGGCUCAUGGCGAUCAGGAGAUUCAUUUGGCGCAUGCGUUCUGCUUGGAGGCGAGCGAAACUGUGAAACGGUUGGCCAAGGAACUGGAACGGGGUCAAUUUAUAACGAACGAUUCCAAUUACGAUGCGAUGGCACGGUAUUUCUUCCGCCAGAAGGAGUAUUUUUUUGAGCACCCGCUAACGAAAAAUUAUUAGGUGAUAUGUAUAGAAAGUAUAUAGUACUAAUAGAAAGUUUUAAAAAACUUUUGAAGGAUAUAAAUG